AUGCCAUCACAUUACUUUGCAAAUAUUCAAAAAUAUACCAAACAAAAUGUUACAUUUUUACAUACAACUGGAACAUGUUAUCAUGGUGAAUACGAAUGGAAAGAUCCAAAGAGCGAAGAUGAAAUAGUAAAUGUUACUUACAUAACAAAAGAUGGAAAUCGAAUUAAAAUAAAAGGAAAAAUUGGUGAUAAUUUGAUGUAUUUAGCUCAUCGACAUAAUAUAGAAAUGGAAGGAGCUUGUGAAGCAUCCUUGGCUUGUACAACUUGUCACGUAUAUGUAGAUUAUAAUAAUUUAGACAAAUUAUCGGAAGCAACAGAAAAAGAAGAUGAUUUAUUAGAUAUGGCACCAUUUUUAAAAGAAAAUUCGAGACUUGGAUGUCAAAUUAUAUUAAGCAAAGAUUUGGAUGGACUUGAAGUGGAAUUACCAAAAGCGACUCGUAACUUUUAUGUAGACGGUCAUAAACCAAAACCUCAUUAAUUUUAGUUAUUAUAUAAC